UCAAACCCAUCCAAGGACGAGUCGAGUCAAGUCAAGUCCAGUAUAGGACAUUACGACUGUGUCCGAUUAGAGACGAGUCAAGUCGAGACCGAUUUCGGACAUUUGAAAAUAAUCAUGGUUAAAAUUAAAUUAUUUUGAAUUUGAGGGCGUCAAAAUGGUCCUUGUGAUAAGAAGCUAUAAUUUCUACCAUCAAAACGGUGAAUUUCCUUUUAUUUAAAAGUGGUUUCAAACCCAUCCAAGGACGAGUCGAGUCAAGUCAAGUCCAGCUUAGGACAUGUCGACUGUGUCCGCUCAAAGACGAGUCAAGUCGAGACUAGUUUCGGACAUUUCAAAAAUUUUGAAGUUUAGGAUUUAAAAUUUUGAAAUCUAAGAGUAAGAUAUUGGUCCUUUUAAGUUCAAAAACUAAGUUUGUCAAUAAAAAAAGGAGAUUUCCCAUGAUUUCAAAGUGGUUCAUAAUUGGUGCAAGGAAAGGUCGAGUCGAGUCGAGUCCAGAUUUUGACAUCUUGAAUUUAGCAACUCUAGAACGUGAUAAGUGAAGAAAUUUUUGGACAAAAUAGUGUGAUUUUAUGAUUGCAUCUCUAACUAUGAAAUAAAGUGCAGAAAAAGCACCAAAAUUACGCUUCGGACGCGAUCUCAGGUUGGGGUACCCUGAGAAAGGUUGUCAGGGUAUUGCCCAUGGAAGGCGAGCCAAGGACCUAUCUGAUGAGGGGUCAUGGUCGAGGAUAGCACGAGCGGUGAAAAUUUGCGGGGGAAAAAACAUCGUCGAACGCGAUUUACUCGAGGAGCUCCUGCGAAGUCCUUACGGGUCCGUCGGGCCCAAAACUCUCGUCACCCAAGAUAAUUUUCGAAGGUGCACAACCUGCGCCGGGAUUCAUCCGCGGUUAGAAAAAAGCAGGCACGCGCGCCGAAUUAUAAAUUUUAAGUAGCGUAAAUUUCGUAAAUUUCAGCCAUUUUGUAUUAGAUUUAAUCGAUUUAAUGAGAUCGGAAAUAGGAUAGCUGCAUGCAGCUGCAUUAUUUCCUCAUCUUCGGAAAUCCCGCCACCUCGCCAGAAUAGUCGAAGCCGUGAUUCAAACUUUGAAACUUUUGAAAAAACACGCGCAUUAUCGCACUAGCUGCAGCGAGCCAAUGAGCGCGGUCCGGUGUCACUUCACUUGCGUGCUGCUGCUGCGCUGUAGACGAGAGUUAGUCAUUAUCACUAGUCAGCCGAGCCGACCGGAGCAUGCGGAGACGCCGGCAAACCGCGCGAGUGCUAAAGAAAAGCCGUUGGAUGUCGGCUCGUCAAAUUUUACCCAUGUUCGGCCGAAUUUUCGCCCUCGAGUCGGCCAGCAAGAAGCCAAGGAUGCAGGACAAGCUGUUUUAUCCGCAAAUAACCCCAGACCCGUGCCCGCGGCUUGCGUGACAACAAUACAACUCGUGUUAUGCUGCUUAGCGGAUGAUACUAACGCCCUGAAACUUGCGACCCCUGGCCCUGGCAUUGUGAUAUUUUCUGGUCUGAAGGAGGUGACAUGCAAGGAGUCCAACCCGCCAAACCCUCGCUCCCUAACCUGAGCCACCUCCGACCCCCGUCAAAGCUGCUUGCCAGGUGGCCGCGCCGACAGCAGUCUAAGGUCGUGUUCGCUCUUAUGUAAAAGGUUCUCAAAGAAAAAUUUCCUCCUGUUGUCAAUAUUAUGUGUAAACGUUUUUAUGAAUUAUUAAACUUAGCACCUUGUACCUAAAACUUAAAUUGAUUUUCUCUCAAGCUAACCUCAUUUUUAGUGUAGGUUUUAGGCCACAUUUUCUGCAGGGAACUAAAACUUAGCGCGAAAAGGACAUCUUGGACUAGUUUCUGAACAAGAUUGAGACGAGACAAGAAAAACGUCCAUGAGCCAUCUUUUUCCUGUCUCGUCUCAAACUUUUCCUGACUUGUAAAAUAACGUCCUCCGUACGUCUUUUUUCCGUCUAUUUCGGUCAAGCUGAAAAUGAGCCCAAUCGUGGGUCAUUACU